AUGCUUCGGCGCUUCACUGCCCAGGGGUUCCACACCAGCCAAUGGAGCGUGCAAAAGCUAGCGGCUCGCUUCUGCAUCAGCAUCAAGGUUCCUACCAUUGCGGAGUCCAUCAGUACCGGAAAGGUUGUAGGGUGGACCAAGAAUGUUGGCGAUCCUGUCAGCGAGGAUGAGGUCAUCUGCCAGAUCGAGUCGGACAAGCUCAACGUGGACGUGCGGGCGCCGACGAGCGGCUUCAUCACGAAGAUUAACUUUGAGGAAGGGAGUGUCGUCGAGGUCGGUGCCGAACUGUCCACGAUGAAGGAAGGGGAAGUCAAGGCGGACGCUGAAGCGGAGGCGGCACCAAAGGCACCGGCUGCUUCUCGGAAACCGGAACAGCAAAAUCCACAAGCGGAACGUCAAGUGACACCGCAGCCGCGGUGUGUAGCAGUCCAGGCAACGGAGCCACGUGUUGUGACUACUACAACAGGCUCUGACCCACGCGUGCGCAACGUGCGCAUCUCUUCUAUGCGUCAGCGUAUAGCAGAUCGUUUGAAGGCGAGUCAGAAUACAUGUGCAAUGCUUACCACCUUCAACGAGAUUGACAUGACGCCCCUUAUUGAGAUGCGUAACCAGUACAAGGAUGACUUUUACAAGAAGCACAACGUAAAGCUUGGAUUUAUGUCCCCUUUUGUAAAGGCUUGCGCCAUUGCCUUGCAGGACAUACCGAUUGUGAAUGCAUCCUUUGGCUCCGAGUUUAUUGAAUACCACGAUUUUGUCGACAUCAGCAUUGCCGUAUCGACGCCACGGGGACUCGUGGUUCCCGUGCUGCGGGACGUGCAGAAGUCUGACUUUGCCAAGAUUGAGAAGCAAAUCGCCGACUUUGGGGAGCGGGCGAAGGUGAACAAGCUCACCUUGGAUGAGAUGACGGGUGGCACCUUCACCAUCAGCAACGGCGGCGUGUUCGGCUCGUGGAUGGGAACACCCAUCAUUAACCCUCCGCAAAGUGCCAUUCUCGGCAUGCACGCAACGAAGAAGAAGCCAUGGGUGGUGGGGAACGAGAUUAAGAUACGCGAUGUCAUGGCGGUGGCGCUGACGUACGACCACCGCCUCAUUGACGGCAGCGACGCGGUGAGGUUCCUCGUGAAGGUGAAGAACCUCAUUGAGGACCCCACCCGCAUGGUGCUCGACCUCGCCUAG